AUGGGUGAACCCAAGUACACAAUUUACGUGCGGGUUCCAAUACCCCGUGGAGACUUUGUCGACCCUCCGCAGGUUGAUUGGGACUCUGAAAAGGAUGACGCAUUGUGGCGCAUCCUCUCUAGCGCUACGCAAACAGAGAUUGACUGCCCCCUUCUACCUGUCUGCGAGCUUCAUUACAAAUUGUUGACCCAACUCAGCGCCACUAGAUUCGAUGUCACGGUUGACUUCCUGCUCAAGCAGGUUGCAUACCUUACCGAACGACAUGCGUCGCAAGUAAGGGCUCAAGUACGCAAAGCGGCCGCAGCGGCCAAGGGCUCCGCCGCGCCGUCACCAGUCCCUGCUGCUGAGUCCUCAACCACCGCCGAACGACGGUCCCAGCUCGGUCAGCCCAUGGGCCGCGAUUCCCCGAUGCCACGCAACGAAACAAUCGGAGCGAUACGCCCUGCUCUAUCCCGUGGCGGAUCAGGAAACACGAUCUCUCGUGAUAUCGCUGGCUCCUCCCCGCGCCCAGAGAGCAAGCAGCUAUCCUCGCGCGCUGCGGGGGAGUCUGCUGGCCGUCACCGCCUGUCAUCUCUACCAAUUGCGGCUUCGAGCCCGAGGCCAGCGACAUCUCAAGAUCCCAACAGAGAUGGUGUGGCUUCUCCAGGACCUGCGGAUUCUAGCUCAGGGGAAUCUUCUGAGGAUGAGUCUAGUCCCGCACAAUCACGAAUUAUUCGGCGCCCCCCUCGAUACCAAGAAAAUGACGCCGGAUAUCAGGUGGAUGACGAUGAAGACGACGAAUCUGAACCAGCAUUCCAGCCGUACAAGGCUGCCGCGGACCAUAAUUCAGCCUCGGAUCUGGCCUCCACUUUGCGAGGAGACGGUCGUACGUCAGCCAAGCGAGGCAAUAAGCACCUCGCUCGCGAACGUAAUCACCAGUCUCAAACAUCUGAUUCCUCUGCGGGCUCUGGUGCUCUUGGCACCAGUUCCAACAAGCCGGGACGCUCAAAGUCUCACGCCUCUACUCAAAAUACUGCGCAGUCAGUGCAAAGUCCUUCCGGGAAAGGGAAGCUUUCUUCGCAAGAGGGCAGCGAUGGGACGCCAAGCAUGGGAAGUAGUUUUAGUGAUCUUGAUGAUGCUUCCGUUACGCAGUCUGCCCUCGAAGAAGCACUAGCAUCGCAUAUGCACGGUGCUGGCAGUCGCUUUAGUAUCAGCCAGGCUUUCCGCAGCCGCUACACCCCGAACUCGAACAAAUAA